UAAAUUAUUUCAAUGGAUGAUGUGCUAAUUCUUCUUAUGUUACGCACAUUUAUUUAUGUACCGCCACUGUGAAUGAAUCAUUUACAAGACUGUUCGAAAAGAAAGGAAGAAGAGGGAAAAAGUGGAAAGGAAGAAGAGAAUUGGAGGGAAAAUAAAAUUGAAAAUUGUUUAUUAUUGAAAUUGUAAUUUUUGUUGGAACAAAAUUAAAAUUAUUUUUCAACAAUGAGCGCUAUGGAGAUUGAUGAACCACUUCAAAAGCCAUCGACAUCAUGCAAACAAGGAGAUGAAACAAGUAACAAGAAGCAUUGCAAUCUACCUUGGAUUGAAAAGUACAGACCGCAAACAUUUCAAGAAAUAGUAGGAAACGAAGACACUCUUACAAGGCUCUCCAUUUUUUCCAAACAAGGGAAUGUACCAAAUGUCAUAAUUGCUGGCCCUCCAGGUGUAGGUAAAACUACUACAAUUCUCUGCCUUGCCAAAAUUCUCCUAGGCCCUUCUUUCAAAGAUGCUGUGCUAGAGCUCAAUGCUUCCAAUGAUAGAGGAAUAGAUAUUGUACGAAAUAAAGUAAAAAUGUUUGCUCAGCAAAAAGUAACUUUACCUCCUGGCAGACAUAAGAUCAUUAUUUUAGAUGAAGUAGACAGUAUGACCGAAGGUGCUCAGCAAGCUCUGCGGCGGACUAUGGAAAUUUAUAGCAACACCACAAGAUUUGCUUUAGCUUGCAAUUACAGCGAGAAAGUUAUAGAAGCCAUACAGUCUAGAUGUGCCAUUUUGAGGUAUUCUCGUUUGACGGAUGCACAAGUAAUGGCCAGAAUUAUCCAGAUCUGUGAAAAGGAAGAUGUUAAGUAUACCGAUGAUGGCCUAGAGGCGGUCGUAUUCACUGCUCAGGGCGAUAUGAGGCAGGCCUUGAACAAUUUGCAAUCGACCCACAAUGGUUUCGGAGAAGUAAAUUCUCAGAAUGUGUUCAAAGUUUGUGAUGAACCUCAUCCCAUGCUCAUCAAAGAUAUGCUGACAAGCUGUAUGAAUGGGGACAUCCGGAAAGCUUAUAAGGUCAUAGAACAUCUGUGGAAUCUUGGAUAUGCUGCAGAAGAUAUAAUAAAGAACAUCUUCAAGGUGUGCAAGAACAUGGACAUGGAGGAAGCUUUAAAACUAGAGUUUAUAAAAGAAAUUGGACUCACCCAUCAGAGAAUAGUGGAUGGACUGUGCUCACUUCUCCAAAUGUCGGGUUUACUUUCCCGUUUAUGUAAAGCAGCUAGAUGAAUCCAAUACGCACAAUUAUAUUUGAGGUUGAAUUUAAUUUUUUCAUGUAUUUUCUAUAAUAAAUUGUCGAAAAACUGUUUAGUUACACCAUUCCAAUUUAUGAAUGAUACCCAAAUAAAUACAUGGCCUGAUAUUA